UAUGUUUGUUUUUAAUAUGAACUAGGAUUUUUUAAAAGAUUUCAAUGUUUUUGUGAACAAGAUCAAAAACACUUCUGUUUAGUUCUUUCAAAUACGUGUUCACUUGCUUGGUUUUUGCAAAAAAUAUUCGUAACGCUUCAGAAUUCAACUAAUAUAAUUAUCGUGCAGCAUAUCGAGUUACGAUGCUGAGUGUAUGCCCUCAUUGAAUUGAAUAUGAUCAUUGGACCUUUUGUUAUUGAAAUUGUUGUAACUUUCCUUGCUGUUUUCUACCUUCUACAAAAAUAUGGAAAUUGCAGGAAACACCAUAUAUUAGUUACUGUGAAUGUUUUCAUUGCAUGGUACUUUGCUUUCAUCAUCAUUUUCAUCUUGCCUCUGGAUGUGUCAUCUACUGCUUAUCGACAGUGCUUGCGAGACAGUGCUCUAUCACCCACAGUCCUUCCAGUUGUACCUGUAACGUUGUCAAACUCAACAGAAACAAGUAAUUCAACGGAAGGUUUGAAUUCAAGCAGCCCAAGUUUUACAGAACUUUCAGCAUAUGUUCCAAUAAAUGAUUGUGUUGUGCCAUGGAGCUUUGUUCCUGUUGGUGUUUUACAAAGCUUAUGGAGAGUUGUCUACUGGACAGCUCAAACAUUGACAUGGAUAGUUCUUCCCAUGAUGCAAUCCUAUUCAACUGCUGGAGAUUUUACCAUCACAGGAAAACUAAAAACAGCUCUUUAUGAAAAUGCUAUAUACUAUGGAAGUUAUCUUUUGAUUUUUGGAACUUUGCUAAUUUAUGUUGUUCUUCAACCCAAUAGUAAUCUGGAUGGAUCCUACCUGAAAGUUAUUUGUAUUACCGCUAGUAAUACUUGGGGCCUUUUCUUAUUAGUCCUUUUAGAAGGCUAUGGACUUGUAGAAAUUCCUCGUAGUUGCUGGAAUACAACUAAAAAAGGUUACAUGCUCAAUUAUUUGUAUUUUAAAGCCUCUAAAUUAAGUGCUGAGCGCUGUGAAGCUGAGGAAAAAGUUGAUGAUCUCAUGGAGGAAAUUAUGCAGUUAUCUGAUACAACUUCUCCUGGUCAUCCAUCAAGAGCUCAAAUUGACAUCAUACUUGAUAAAUUUCCAAGUGAGAAGAAAGCGUCAUUGCAGCACAGAAGAUCUAGGGAUGAUGGUCGUUAUCCAGUUGAUGGUAUAAGUGAAAAAGGUCUUGCAAAACUUCACAAACAGAUAAUACGUUCCAUUCAUAUGUAUCACCGUACUCAGUGUCAAUGGGGUAUGCUCUUAGAACAAGUUUUUCAUUGGGAAGAUAUUGUUCAUAAUGAAAACAGUAGAGAGCGAAUUUUCAAAAGUACAUUCAAGCCUCAGAGGUCAUUUCUUAUGAAGACAAUUUGUUCUCCUAAAAUUGAAUGGUACUGGAAUUGCUUGGUUAGAAAUUGGGUGUACCGAACUGUGUCUGUUAUAUUAAUAGUUUUUAGUAGUAUUGUGGUUUGGUCUGAAAUGACUUUCUUCACACAAGAUCCAACACUAUCAUUUUUUGCUCUUUUUAUAAAGUCUGCAAAAGCAAGUUACAAUUAUAUUGCUAUAGAGUUAAUUUCUACUGCUACAAUUGCGUAUCUUUGUGUCUGUGCAUACUAUACUGUCUUCCGUAUUAGAAUAUUAAAUUUAUACUACCUGGCUCCUCAUCACCAAACUAAUGAAUACAGUUUAAUAUUCUGUGGAAUGUUGCUGUGCCGUUUGACUCCACCUCUCUGUCUCAAUUUCCUUGGUUUAAUUCAUCUUGACAGUCAUGUAACAAAAAAUGCAAAUAUUGAAGAGACUGCUUAUACAAAGAUUAUGGGCCACUUGGAUGUAAUUCCCAUGAUUUCAGAUGGCUUCAACAUUUACUUCCCAAUUUUGAUAUUUUUUGUCUGUUUGGCUACAUACUUCAACAUAUGUAGUCGAGUUUUGCAUUUUGUUGGAUUUGAACAGUUUAUUGGUGAUGAUGAAAUGACUUCAGAUUUAAUGGAGGAAGGUAGAGAACUUGUUAAACGAGAAAAGAACAGAAGAUUACGUCAAGAAAGUAAUGAAAAUCGCAGGCGUCAACCCAAUAGACUUGGUUCUUCAACUGGUAGAUCAGCCUGGCGUUCUGGCAUGAGAGAUACAAGUUUGACUGGAUCAUCUCCAGAAGAGAAUACAAGAGCUGAGUUGUUAAAAGAUGCAGAACCAAUCGAUUAUACUGAAGAAAGGGGUCAUUCACCAAUAACUAAUGAAGAAGAAUAUGGAAACGAUGGCAGUAGUUAUUUACGCUCAUCGUGGUCCCGCAUUGGUAGACCUCCGGCUGGUAUUUUUGACGAUGUGUAAAAUAAGUAAUUGAGAUAUCAUCAGUGUUUUAUCACAUCUCAUCUUAAUCAUUGUUUUGAUGUACAUAUACAUUUAAUUGUUCUUAAAUUUGAGAAAUUUUAAGCCAAUAUAGUUGAUGCCAAGCAAAAUGUAGAAUGAAUAAAUCAAAAACUCUUCUAUUUUGUCUCCAAACUCCCAAUGUUUUGCCUG